ACAACUCCAUGUCGUCGCUGAGGCAUACUCUCUUUCUCUUUCAUUUCUCUUUCACUUUUCUUACGCGAUUUUCUCAAUCCCACAAUUCAUCUUAAAAUGGAGAAGCUUUGAUGUAACACUUCGCCUCUGAUAAUCUGAGAUUUCAGAUGAUUAGGGUUUCGAUUUCUUGCUAACUUGGUCUUCAAUAUGUAAGUCGACCUCACUAGGAUUUGGGCGAGUAUAGUGGGAUUCUGGAAUUUGCAGUUUCCAAUAUUUAAGAUUCUUGGUAGAUCUGUAUCGUAGAGUCGUGUUUUGAGGAAUAUGGAAGUGUAGUUUGUUUUUUAAUUUCCUAAACGGUCGUGGAAAACAAAGGAAGGAAAUUCAGGAGUGUCGUUGGCAACGAUGGAGCUUAGUUUUUCAGCUCGUUUUGUUGCUGGGGAAUUUGGCUGUAUCUGGUGGCAUAAGCGAUUAGAGGAUUUUGUUACUAGUUCCUCAUUAUUGAGCUUCCUCAAAUUCAAGCUGAAGUUGCAACAAACGAUGAAGGAUCAAGUGAUAAUUCUGAAAGAAGUGAAGUUUAGUGUUCUUGCACAAGACUUUGAAAGCUGUUGUUGAGGAUUUGAUAGUUUAUCUUAGAUUUUUUUUAAGAAAUAGCUUCCACUGAGGUGUUUAAGUUUGUUAUAGUUUCUAAAUGUUACACUUCCACAUUAAUGUUAGAAUGCCUAUAUUAGAAAAUACGACCGGUCACAGAAGUGGUAGCUUGGAUACUCAGUCACAGAUUUACCAGCUUGCCGAUGGGGUAAAAGCUAAUUAUGGCAUGAAGGGUAUCAUGUACUUGUCGGAUGCUUUGGAAGUGUAACAUCUGCUUUACUAUCAAUUUUCACGAAAUAUUUUCACUCUGCAGAGUGAGCGGGUAGCCAAUUUAGUGUCUUCCACAAUAUUUAAGAUAAAAAUCAAUAAUGCCUUCGUGGUGGGGGAAGCCAUCAUCCAAAGAAGUAAAGAAGAAAACAAGCAAGGAAAGUUUCAUUGACUCAUUACACCGUAAGUUCAAGAAUUCACCUGAAGGUAAAGUAAACAGCCGAUCAGGAAGUUCUUGUAGACGUGGUGGUGACACUAUAUCUGAGAAAUCACCUCUAUCAAGAUCACCAUCACCUUCCAAAGAAGUAUCGAGAUGUCAAAGUUUUGCUGGAAGAUCACAUUCUCACCAACUGCCACUUCCAGAACUGCACCCUAUAGGUAUAGGUCCCACAGACUCUGGGAUUAGUGUGACGGCAAAAUCAAAAUUAGAGAGAAGCUCUAAGACAUCUUCAUUCCUACCACUCCCUAGACCUGCAUGUAUCCGGAGGAGGCCGGAUCCUGCAGAUUUGGAUGGAGAUUUAGUCACUGGUUCAGUCUCUGGUGAGUCCUCAAGUGAUAGUGAUGAUCCCAUUGAUUCACGUCAACGUAGUCCUCAGGCAACUGACUAUGACGUUGGGACUAGAACUGUGGUAGGUUCUAUUGAACCUAGUGCAACUCUCAAGGACCAGUCUUCUACUGUUGUGCAAACAAAUUUAAAAGAGGGCAAGAAAGCAGAAAGUCUUUCAUUUCCUCAUAAGAAGCCUUCAAUACCUAAACGGAGGCCUUUAAGCAGCAAUGUAACAAAUCUUCAAGUUCCUCGUCAUGGGGCAUUCUUUAGCGCUCCAGAUAGUUCCAUGUCUAGUCCUUCUAGAAGUCCUAUGAGGGUAUUUAGCACAGAGCAAGUCAUGAACACUGCUGUUUGGUCUGGAAAGUCUCACUCAGAUGUCAUUUUAGGUGGCUCUGGCCACUGCUCCAGUCCUGGUUCUGGACACAAUUCAGGGCACAACUCUAUGGGAGGUGAUAUGGCAGCCCACUUCUUUUGGCAACAAAGUAGGGGCAGCCCCGAAUAUUCUCCAGUACCUAGUUCUAGAAUGACUAGUCCUGGCCCAAGCUCCAGAAUUCAAAGUGGUGCUGUUACACCUAUUCAUCCUAGAGCAGGAGCUCCGCCUGCUGAAUCACAAACUUGCUGGCCUGAUGAGAAACAAACUCAUCGUUUGCCUCUUCCUCCCAUUGCAAUCUCAAACUCUUCUCCAUUUUCUCAUUCAACCUCUGCAGUGACAUCUCCUUCAGUGCCUAGGAGUCCUGGAAGGACAGAGACUCCAGCAAGCCCAGGUUCACGCUGGAAAAAGGGGAAGCUACUGGGUCGUGGCACAUUUGGGCAUGUGUACGUUGGUUUUAAUAGCGAAAGUGGAGAAAUGUGUGCAAUGAAGGAGGUCACCUUAUUUUCUGAUGAUGCAAAGUCUAAGGAAAGUGCUAAACAAUUAAUGCAGGAAAUUGCUUUACUGAGUCGUUUACGGCAUCCCAACAUUGUGCAAUAUUAUGGUUCAGAAUCAGUGGGUGAUAAACUCUAUAUUUAUCUGGAAUAUGUAUCUGGUGGCUCCAUUUAUAAAUUACUACAAGAGUAUGGACAAUUUGGGGAACUAGCAAUUCGUAGCUAUACUCAACAAAUACUAUCAGGACUUGCAUAUUUGCAUGCUAAAACUACAGUGCACAGGGACAUUAAAGGAGCAAACAUACUUGUUGACCCUAAUGGCCGUGUUAAAUUGGCAGACUUUGGGAUGGCGAAGCAUAUCACAGGCCAAUCAUGUCCACUGUCGUUUAAGGGCAGCCCUUACUGGAUGGCACCUGAGGUCAUAAAGAACUCAAAUGGUUGCAACCUUGCCGUUGAUAUUUGGAGUCUUGGAUGCACUGUUCUGGAGAUGGCAACUACAAAGCCACCUUGGAGCCAGUAUGAAGGGGUUGCUGCGAUGUUUAAGAUUGGCAAUAGCAAAGAACUCCCAGUAAUUCCAGAGCACCUCUCAGAUGAUGGGAAGGAUUUUGUGAGACUAUGUCUGCAACGGAACCCGUAUCAUCGACCUACAGCUGCUCGACUUUUGGAUCAUCCUUUUGUCAAAUAUGCUGCACCUGUAGAGAGGCCUAUUUUGAGCUCUGAACCCUCUGAUGCAACUCCUGGGGUUACAAACGGAGUGAAGACUUUGGGUAUUGGCCAAUCACGUAUUACUUCUGUGGACUCGGAUAGUAGACUCGCAGUUCAUUCUUUAAGAGUCUCAAAACCUGUUCUUCAUGCCAGUGACAUCAACAUUCUCAGAAACAUCUCAUGUCCUGUUUCACCAAUUGGAAGCCCCCUUUUACGCUCACGAUCACCUCAACAUCCCAGUGGAAGAAUGUCUCCUUCACCCAUAUCAAGUCCAAGAACUACUUCAGGCUCGUCGACACCUUUGACAGCAUGUGGUGGUGCUAUUCCUUACAACCACCUGAAACAAGCUAUAUACUUGCAGGAUGGAUUUGGAAGCAUGCCGAAGUCCUUAAAUAAUAGUCCAUACAGCAGUGGUCUCUCGUUCCAUGAUUCAAAUCCCGAUAUUUUUCGAGGGUUGCAGCAUGGGGCUCCCAUCUUCUCUGAAAUGAUACCAGAAAAUGAUAUCCUGGGCAAACAGGUUGGAGUCGGAAGACCUGCUUAUGGUGAACUGUAUGAUGGACAGCAGGUCUUGGCUGAUCGAGUGUCUCGACAGCUCCUGAGGGAUCAUGUUAAAACAAACCUUUCUCUUGAUUUGAGUCCUAGCACUACCUUGUCUGGCCGCAUGAAUGGUAUCUAACUCUGAAUGCAUCGACCUGCUAGAGCUCGUUGUCAGGAGUAGAAGCUUUCUUUGGAUUGGAAAGAUUAAUGCCUAAUCAUCACCUGCCAAAAGACAACGUUAUAUAAGAACAGGGGGUGAGGAAAUAGUUGACUAAUGUUGAUGUUCUUAAAGUGGAAGUAGCUGGCCACCGAUCCAGUGGAGAUGAUUCUUUUGACAUGUUGAUUCUUGAAAGCUAAAUAGCUCAGCUGUGCAACUAAAUUAACAUCUGGCUGCUCGAUUUGAUCCAACAUAACCUGAGUUAUCAGCUUGUACAGUGAUCGAGUAUUCGAUUUAUCAUCUGACCUACUAAUCUGAGGUGCAAAAUUUAAAUUUUGUUCAUGCGGGAUGACUUCUGAUGAUUCAAAUGUGAAACGGAGGUUACUUAGAAGUGGCAACCCAUUGAGUUCGUGGACUAGGAAAGAACAUACAGAAGGGAAAAAUGUACAUUUUUUGAAUCAUCAUAUAGAAUGACUAAAGGAACAAAUGGUCUAAUUACCAUCUCCGAACUUUCUUCUUUUCAACCAGGAAAAGAAAAACAAGGGGAAGGAAAACUUAUGCUGUACAGUUGUUGAAGGAAUGAACUGGCUUUAGUGUCUAUUAUUAUCUUAUUGACACAAUGGCUUCUUAUGCUGAACUAGGAGAGAGCUUAUGCUGUACAGCUCAUGCAAUUGAAGUUCCUUACGGUGGAAGUUCAUGAAUGGCUUUCAUUUUAUGUUA